UCGGAGCACAAACACUGCACGUCGCCGGGGCAACCGCGCGGCUCCGCCCCCGUCUCCAGCUGGGAGGAAGGACGUGAGUUGGCCGGCGGCGACGGCCGGGUCUGCUCUCAACUUUGCGCCUGUUGCUGGAACGGCGCGCGCGGCCCUCGCCUCCCGGCAGCACCAGAUUUCGCAGUAGAUCGCCUUUCCGGGGCCUGAGCCGAGCGGACUGGGAGGCCGGGGCCUUCCGGGGAGCACGAGGGCGGGGCCGACCACCUGUGCGCACGGCCCCGGGAGGAGGCGCCGCCGGUCCGCACGCUUCCAGCAGCAGCAGUCGCCGGGGAGGUAGUGUUGUCCCACGCCUGCGGAGCGCGCUCGCCAUGAAGCCCACCUUCUCUCUGCGACUGAGGAUCUUUAACCUCAACUGCUGGGCCAUUCCCUACCUGAGCAAGCACCGGGGCGACCGCAUGAAGCGCCUAGGAGACUUUCUGAACAUGGAGAGCUUCGACCUAGCUCUGCUGGAGGAGGUGUGGAGUGAGCAGGACUUCCAGUACCUGAGACAGAAGCUGUUGCCCACCUACCCAGCUGCACACUAUUUCAGUAGUGGUGUCAUUGGCAGUGGUCUCUGCGUCUUCUCCAAACAUCCUAUCCAGGAAUUCACCCAGCACGUCUAUACCCUCAAUGGGUACCCCUACAUGAUCCAUCAUGGAGACUGGUUCUGUGGGAAGGCUGUGGGGCUGCUGGUGCUCCAUCUAAGUGGACUGGUGCUCAAUGUCUAUGUGACCCACCUCCAUGCCGAGUACAAUCGACAAAAGGACAUCUACCUAACACAUCGUGUGGCCCAAGCUUGGGAACUGGCCCAGUUCAUCCACCACACAUCCAAGAAGGCUGAUGUGGUUCUGUUGUGUGGGGACCUCAACUUGCACCCGAAGGACCUGGGCUGCCGCCUGCUGAAGGAGUGGACAGGGCUGCAUGAUGCCUACCUUGAGACCCAGGAUUUCAAGGGCUCGGAAGAAGGCUGUACCAUGCUACCUGAGAACUGCUACGUCAACCAGCGGGAGCUAGAGCCAUUUCCAUUUGGCAUCCGCAUUGACUAUGUGCUGUAUAAGGCGGUUUCUGGCUUUUACAUCUCCUGUAAGACUCUUAGAACCACUACAGGCCGCGACCCUCACAGUGGCACCCCCCUCUCUGAUCAUGAGGCCCUGAUGGCUACUCUGUGUGUGAGACACAUCCCCCCCCAGCACACCCCUAGCCCUACUCAUGGACUAGCAGAAAGGUCACGGUUGGUCAGUAUAUUAAAGGAGGCCUGGAUAGAGCUGGACCUGGGCGUGGCUCAAGCUCGCUGGUGGACCACUUUCGCCGGCUACGUGAUUGGUCUAGGGCUGCUUCUCCUGGCCUUGCUGUGCGCCUUGGCAGCUGGAGGAGGGGUGAGGGAGGUUGCCAUACUACUCUGGACUCCCAGUGUAGGACUGCUGCUGGGAGCGGGGGCAGUCUACAUCUUCCACAUGCAGGAGGCCAAGGGCUUAUCUGGGGCUCGGGCUGAGCUCCAGCAUGUGCUGGGAAGGGCAAGGGAGGCCCAGGAUCUGGGCCCAGAGUCUCAGCCAGCCCUGCUCCUGGGGCAGCAGGAGGGGGAUGGAACUGAGGAACAAUAAAACUUGACACUUUUGUG